AUGGGCCUUGCAGAAGCACUUUGUUUCACGGCAAGGUUUCCCGGUUCAGCGGAUGCAUCUUGCAAGCCUCUGUCAAGCGAAUUAGGCCUGUACGCACUACUACGUACUCCGUCCGCAGUGAGUGGGAUUAGAUUGCGGAGUUGUCCCUGA